AUGAUUAAGAUAGAUUCUGAGCUAGGUCCAACGGAUGCAGUUGAUAUAGAUCUGUACUUUAAAAAGAAGUAUAGUGACUCAGGUUUUUAUUUAUUCUUAUCGGCAACUAAAAAAGAGCAUCAAUGCACCUUUUUAUUACAAUCCAGUGAUGAUAAAUUAGCUAAAUUGUAUAAUAUAUGCAUAAAACUACAUGCUGGUGCAUAUAAUAUAUUGUCUCUAUGUCAAGAACAAGUAAGGAUUAUGAAUAGAAUUUCAGAGACUGAAACUGAUUGGAUUACUGAACCUCUAUGGUUUGUCUGUCAUCAAAUGAUACAGUAUUGUAGUACUGAUACCGCACAGUUAGAGAAUUGUGGUAGAUUGAUACAUAGAAGUUUUAAUCUGUGUUUAAAUGAUAGAAAUCCAGUUUUAUCUUCAAACAGAAAAUCUGGUUCUUACAGUCUUGCCAACCUUGAAUUCAUUAUUUAUCAUAAGCUGAAGAAUAGAGACAUGAUGAAGAAUUUGGUCAAGGUAUUGCAAUCCCGUAAUAUGGAUAUUAUAAUGGACCAACCUUCCAACAAGGAGAAAAAUAGCAUCAAGGUUGGGCAUAUGGUAAGAUACUAUUAUUAUCUAGGUGAAUAUUAUGGUUGUUUUGAAUCUGAUUUUAACAAAGCUUCGACAUUUUUAUCCAUUGCAUUACUUCAUUGUAACUUUAAUUAUAAAACUCAUAUAGCGAAAAUAUUAGUCUUAUUGGUUCCAUUUGUUAUAGUUUCUAGAAAAAUGUACCCCAAUGAAAAAGUACUGACUCAGUUACUAUCAGCAACGGGUCAGUAUGGUGAAAAAUUGUUUAAAUUUAUUAUACAACUUGUCUACUGUUUAAAAUCUGGGGAUAUACAUGGUUAUGAUAAAUUUGUAAGUUCAAAUGAGGUUUUCCUUCUAAAAAAUGGGAUAUACGUAGCCAUGUGUCAUAUUCGAGAACUUGUGUUCUUAAAGUUCUUCAAAACGUGCACUAAAAUGAUUGGAAACAAUAAGACUAUAGUACCAUUGAGUUCAAUAGCAGAGGUAUAUGGAAAUUAUUCUCAAAGGAAAAAGAAGAUACGGAGACUAAUUAAUAUGAAAUCUAAAAAGGAUACAAAAAUACCAAUAGAUAUAACUUCAUUAGAAAACAAAGAAAUGAAUGAAAACAUGGAUGAAUUAGAAUGCCUAUUAGCAAAUCUAAUAAACAAAGGAUUUAUCAAAGGUUAUCUAUCGCAUUCGAACAGAUGUAUUGUGCUAAGUAAAAACGAUGCCUUCCCCCAUUUAUCCUCGUCGUUAUAG